UUCCCCCCCUCCCCCUCGCCCCGCCUCCUCCCCGCCUCUCGGUCUUCCUUUCCCCCCUCUCCCUCUCCUCCGACCUUUCUCGCUCCCCGCCCGGUGUCCGACGCGUAUCUCCACUCAACAGCAUGGCCGAAAAUGUCCACUCACGGCUUGAGGUCAUGGUGCCGGACCUCAAGCAGUUCAUUGAGAUCGGCUACUUCACCCCGGAGGAGGUCCGGGCGAUCGUCAAGAAGCGCACCGACUUCGAGUACAAGCUUCGCCGACGCAUCCCCGUGAAGCUGGACUACCUGCGCUACAUCCAGUAUGAGAUGAAUCUGGAGAGUCUGCGCGCGCAGCGGAAGCAGCGCCUCGGCCUCUACAAGCACAACCCCGUGGACUAUGCGAUCACGAACAACAUCACCACCAUCUUCGACCGGGCCAUGAUGCGCUUCUCCGGGGACACGCGCCUGUGGGUGGACUACAUCCGGUUCCUGCUGGCGUACAACCGCCUGGACCGGGCGGCGGGCAUCCUCUCGCGGGCGGUUCUCUCCCGGCCGACCGAGCCGCUCUUCUGGAUCAUGGCAGCCAGCUUCGAGCUGGACAAGCGGUCCAACUUCGACACGGCGCGGGCCCUGCUCCAGCGCGGCGCCCGGCUGAACCGCUCCAAUGACGUGUCUCUCUGGGUGGAGUACCUGCGCCUGGAGACGCUGUUCAUCGAGCGGAUCCGCGCGCGCCGGGCCAUGCUGGGCCUGUCGCGGCCGGGUGUGGCCGACCCCGAGGCCGCCGCCGGCCAGGCGGUCUCCGUGCCGGAGCUCCCGCAGGAGACCGGGUCCACUGGCGACGGCGGGUCGGACUCGGAUGCGGCCCAGUCGUCGGACGAGUCGGCUGCCGGUGGUGGCCCGGCGGCCGACGAGGCCAUGUCCGGCAUCAUUGCCCUGAGCUCGGAUGUCACCCGGUCGGCGGGGGCCGCGCCGGCCGACGCCGCCGGGCAGACCGACGCCCAGAAGGCCAGCCUGGCGCAUGUUCUCUCGGGCGCCAUCCCCAAGAUGAUCAUCAAGAGCGCCUUUGAGGCCCACCCCGAGAGCCUGGCGCUGCGCAUCCGCUUCAUGGAGAUCCUUCGGUCCUCGUACGGCCACCGCCUGACCGAGUGCCUGGAUAUGGUCUACGAGAGCCUCCAGAAUGACUUCCCCUUCCACCCGCACGCCCUGACGCUGGUCAUCCGCCGGGAGGUGGACCGCCUGCUGUUCGUGCCGCCGCAGCCGCGGAGCUCCGAGUCGGCCACCGCCCUGGCCGACCAGGACGACCCGCCGGCCGCCCCGCCGGCCGAGGACAUCCUGCGGGCCCAGGUGGCCGUGGCCAUCACCCAGAUGGAGGACGGCGUGCUGUCGCUGCUGGACGAGCUGACCUCGAUCGACGCCCGGACCAUCUGCUGGCUGGCCUUCAUCGACUCGCUGCAAGACCUGGCGGCCGAUCCGCGCAUCAAGAAGCUCGGCCUGAGUGCCGGCCUCUCGGCGCAGCUGUGCUCCUCCAUGCUGGAGUGCGUCUCGCGCGGGGACCUCCUUCGGCCGGAGCUCUUCAGCGCCUGGGCCGACUCCAUCGACCUGGCCGAGGGCACCGAGCACGCCGGGCACCUGCUGGCGGCCAUCGACGGCGUGCUGCAGGGGAAGUUCGCCGCGUCGGCCACCGCCCCGGCCGAGGAGUCGGACUCCGACUCCGAAGCCGAGGAGGAGGAGGGCGACGACGACGACGACGGCUCGGACACCGACAGCGAUUCCGACGACGCGGCCCCGGCCCCGGCCCCGGCCCCGACUGCCGGGCAACUUGACCAGCUGAAUGCCCUGAAGGUCCGGCUGCUGGUGCGCGGGGCCGAGGCCACCGCGGCCGCGGCCGCCGACAGCACCGGCCCCUUUGCCCCGGGCCAGGUGUCGGACUUCUUCCUGGGGCUGGUGCCGACCGAGGCGCUGGCCGGGCUCAAGCUCCUGGAUGACUUUGUCCCCUGGGCGGAGAAGGCCCUGCCGGAGGUGUAUACCCGGGCCUUUGUGAAGGACCUUUACGAGAAAUGGACCUUCAUCGGGCUGGCCUGCUCCGAAGCCAGCUUGCUGUCUUUCGUUCGGUGGAUUGUGGCCGGGCCGGCCCCCUGGCAUGGGGCCCUGCUGGACCUGAGCCAGCGUGCCCUCGGCCUGGCCGCCCAGCCGCUGGCCGGGCUGGAGCUGAUCCUUCACCACCUGCUGCCGAGCAAGCAGUCGGCCCAGCAGCCGGCGGCCGGCGAGGAGGCUGCCCCGCAGCGGGUGGCCUUCACGGCGCCCCAGCUGAAGCAGCUGGAGCGCCUGCUGGAGGCGACGACCGCGGCGCUGGCCCCCGGGGCCAGCGGCUUCGCCAUGCUCCGGACCCCGGGGGCGUCGGCCGCCACGGGCACCCUGACGGCGGCGGCGGCCGCCGACCACCACCAGUCGACCCUGGUGCGGGGGGUGUCGCGCGCGGCCGCGGUCUGGCUCAAGUGGAUUGCCUUUGAGCUGGCCCAGGGGAACCCCAAGCGCGUGAUCAGCCUCUACGAGCGGGCUGUCCGCUCGGUGCCCGAUGCCGAUGCCUUCGUCCAGGCGUACAACCGCCUGUGAGGGAGGCGCGUCGGCCGGCGGACCGGCGGGCCGUCGCUCCUUUUGGGGGGCGUCCGCUUCCGCCCUUCGGCCUCGGUGUUGCUGUCCCAUGGUGCUGUGCCGCGCGGUGCUCACGGGCAUGUGCUUCUUCCCUGGCCGGUCGGCCCCGGCCCCUUGCCUCUCCGUGGGGUGCCCCCGGCCCCUUGGCGCGCGCGCGCGCGCGCA